AUGAGCGGCGGGCGUAGCGGGCGAUCCGCCGUGAAGAUGGAGGCGCCGUUUUACCCCGAGGAAGGACUGGAGCUGCUGCCCGACUUCGUGCCGCUGCCGGGUUUCAGUACCGCUGGCGGACCUGGAGCCGAUGCGGCGGCGGGGCAGAAGCUGCUGCUGGGCGCCGGGAAGAAGCGGGACCUGCCGGCUGCCGCCCCCGCGCCGCUCCCGGGGCCCUUCGCCCUUCGCCCGUCUGCCGGCGCCCGCGGCAGCGCGGCGGCUCUGCGCUUGCUGCCGCCGCCGCCCGCCGCCGCCCCGCCGCCUACUGCGGGCUCCGCGGAGACGGGGAGCGGCGGCGGGGCGGCGGCAGCCCGAGGCGGCCCGGAGACCGCACUGGGGUCGGCUGCGGAGCUGCCGUUGCUGAAGCUGCCACCGGCCGCCGACCUGGAGCAGCUGCUGAUCCAGGGGGGCGCGGGGCUGGGCGCGGGCAGCCCAGGGCCGACGGCACCCGGGGCGGGGAGCGGCGGAGCGGCGGCGGCGGGGCCGUUCCUCUACCGGCAGCCGGUGACGCAGGAACAGGAGGGUUUUGCCGACGGCUUCGUCAAGGCCCUGGCCGACCUGCACAAGCAGAACCAGCUCCUGGCGGCGCCGCCGCCGCUCUCCGCGCCGGGACCCUGCUGCACCGCCCGCCCGGGGCCACCGGGAGCCCCCGCCGCUGCCGCCGCCGACCCUCCGGCGGUCUACACCAACUUGAGCGGCUUCAACCCCGCGGGGCCGCUGAGCCCCUCGGGCAGCGCCUACUCCUCCGCCUCCGCCCCGCCACCGCCGCCGGGCCUGGCCUUCGGGGCAGCGGGUUUGGGAAGCGGCCGGCUGCCUCCGGCGCGGUCCCUGGAGGAACCGCAGACGGUGCCCGAGGUGCCGCCGUCGGCGGGCGGGGAGGGUGGCAGCAGCGCGCCGACGCCGCCGUCGCUGUCGCCGCUGGACGCGGAGAGUCAGGAGCGGCUGAAAGCAGAGCGCAAGCGGCUGCGAAACCGCAUCGCCGCCUCCAAGUGCCGCCGGCGGAAGCUGGAGCGCAUCGCCCGGCUGGAGGAGAAGGUGAAGGCCCUCAAGGGGCAGAACGCCGAGCUGGCCGCCACCGCCAACCUCCUCCGCGCCCAGGUCACCCAGCUGCAGGGUCGUGUCCGCAGCCACCUCUCCUCUGGCUGCCCCAUCAACGCCGCCGGGCAUCCUCCUCCUCCUCACGCCGCCGCCCAGCCGCGGGAGACUCCCCCCGAGGUGGCCGCCGCCGGGCCGGAGACCAGCGCCUGCUGAGGAGGGACACCCCGCCGGCCCCAGCCCGCCCGGGGGCACCGCGGGGUCAAGGUGCGCGCCUGCUGCCGCCCUUCUGCUAUUACUAUUUUUUUUUAUUAUUAAUAAUUAUUAUUAUUAUUUAUUUGCGCCCGGAGAAGGCGUUUUUUUGCGGGAGCCAGGUGUUGCUAAGCGUUUCCCUAGUUCUGUCGAUGUCGCAUUCAGCAGCGAGGGUCUCCGUGGGUGGUUCUGGGGCAGGUGGUUGUUAAUUUUUCAGUGAAGUACUUGAGGUCUGUAGAGAUUUCCGAAAAUAAGAAAAUUACUGUUUACAGAAAGAUUCAACUUUAUUUUCAUGGGGGAUAUAAAACUUGUGUUUCCUAAUACACCUUACUGAACUGUAUAGCAAUGGAUAAGCUUUUCAAACUUAAAAAAAAAAUAGCCAGAGUCAUACCUUUUGAAAAGAUGUGCGUGUAUAUAUAUAUUUAAAAUAUAAUAUGGCUAUGUAUAUUUUCUUGGUAUUGAUAAAGAACCUUUUCUAAAAUACUGUCUUUCUCUAGAGCUUUAAUUUGCCAUUGAGAGUUAAGACAGCAGUGUGGGUGCUCUUAUAUGGCUUUGAUUUUCAAAUCGAAUCCUGGAGGGAAAUGAUUUUUGUUGUAAAUCUUAAAGCAGAUUGAAAUGCAUUGCUGACUCAGUCAUAGGAAAAUAGUUUUCUAAACCUGUAUGCUCCAUAUUUCUUGUGCUGGUGCAAACUUGGGGCAUUGAUAGUUAUUUAUUGAAACUUGAACACUUUUUGGACAUUGCCUGGACCUUAUUUUUCUAGAUAACACGUUAGUAGAGAAAAUGGUUACUUUGGCAAAAAGAGCUUUACUUUUUUUUUUCCUUCACUGUGUACAUUUCAGUAGUGCGUGCUCUUUCCAUAGUAUAGUAACAAUUCAGUGCUAUACAGAAAAGGGCUCAGAUUUGGGAUGGGUUAGCUGUAAAGGUGAUAAUUCCAUUGUAUUCUGUUUGAAUAAAUCACAGAAAUAUUA